AACCUAUUGUAAAAAAACUGAACAUGGUCUCUGUUAAAUUUCUUUCUAUUACUGCCUUAGCUGUAUGCUCCCAAGCAUUCCAAUUGUUACAUGACGAAUCUGGAUUCGCAAUCUUACCUCCAACAAAUUUAGUCUUGGAUAAUUUGAAACAAGCUGAACAACCAGAAAGUUCCGAGUACUACGAUGUUGUUUCCACUAUUAAUGACAAGGGAGAAAUUGUUCACGUUAACAUGAAAACCCACAAGACUAAACAUACUGGUCAUUUCAGACACAAGUACGACAAUUCCGCAUACAAAAACUGUGAUAUGAACAAAUUAUUCGCCAGAGAUGAUUCUGAUAGUGUACUCAAUGAAUGUUUCAAUGUCGAAUACGAUUGGCAAACCAGUCAAUGUGGUUUUGACUUUGUUGAUUAUGGUAAUGCUACCGAUUGUAGCUCCGAUGCUACCAAGUAUUCUUGUGUUGUUGGUGUUAUGAAGAGCUUUUCUGCCAGUGAACAAUUAAAGAAUAUGGAUGAUGUUCCUGCUCAAGUUAGAUGUUACCACAAGCUUAAAGACGCUCAAAAUGAUGGUGCUCAAAAUGGUGCUUGUGCUAAGUAAACAAAAAAAAAUAGUCAAUAAUAUUUACUAAUAUUCAUUAAUAUCUAUGUACAAAAUAGUAAGUGUAUUUAAAUAGCCACAUCACCAAUACCAAUAAUACCU